UAGCUAAUACCGGACUAUCUUUUUAGAAUUAAGAAAACGCGAAUCUGACAAUGAGCGCAAGAAGUUGGAAUGGGAAAUGCGUGAGAAGCAGGCUGAGGAGAUGCGAAAACGCGAGGAGGAAACCAUGCGUCGCCAUCAGACUGAAAUGCAGAGCCGAAUGGUGCGCCAGGAGGAGGAUAUGCGGCGUCGCCAGCAGGAAAACACAUUGUUUAUGCAGGCUCAACAACUAAAUUCGUUGCUUGAUCAGCAGGAAGGAUUCGGUGGCAAUAACGGCGGCGGCGGUGGCGGUGGUGUCAAUGCAAACUUCGACAAUUUUGGAGGUAACAGCAAUUCGCCAUUUGAAGUAUUCCGAGGUAAUAACAACUCAUCCAUGGCAGGCAACAAUGGGCCCGGUGGAAACAAUCAACAGCAGGACUCCUUCACUCCUUUUGAAUUUGGGGUUAACAAUAUGAACCAAGGCGGCAAUCAACGUGGAAAUAAUGGUGGAAAUAAUGUUCCAUGGGGACGUCGUCGUUUUUAAACAGCUGU